AUGCCGAACCCAAACCUUCAAGUGUCCUUCCUCAAGCCUGACGAAGCGGAACAAUACAUGCGCAUCCGACACGAGGUCUUCCGGUCUACAGUCAAUAACAUCCUCUAUUCUCGCGGUGAGCCUUCACAGAAGACACUUGACAGAGUGACCGAAGAGAUACGCGAUGGAGUCGUCAACAAAGGCAUUCUCUACCUCAAGUGCGUGGACAUAUCAACUGGCGAAAUGAUCGCUGGAGCUCGUUGGCGGCACAUUAGGCCAAAAGCAAAAGGUGCGACGGAAAGAACAUGGGCCGAGGUGGACGCCGAGUUUGCGUCCCCAGAACCGUACGAUGAGACUCACCCAGAGAUGCUAAACGGCCUAUACGACCUCUUCAACUCAAAUAAACGCGAGAUCCUUGGUACGAGGCCAUACUAUGUUCUCGACACUUUAGUCACAUUGCCGCAACAUGAGAGACGAGGGGCUGGAAGCAUGCUGGUGCGAUGGGGAUGCGACAGAGCAGACGAAGCUGGAGUGGAGGCGUACCUUGAAGCCAGUCUGAUGGGAGCGCCAAUGUAUGGAAAACAUGGAUUCGAGCCUGUGAAGGAAGUAGAGUUGGAACUGACGAAAUGGGGAGGAAAGGAGAAUAUGUCAUUCGUCCUUAUGCUACGACCUGCAAAAAGAGAGCGGUCUCCGUAA